AUGCCUUCUCUUGACACCAAUCAAUCCAACCAACCUCUUGCGAAGCGACAAAGGUUGUCGUCUGACAAUGUCGCGAACAAAUCGAGAACGUCCGCGUCCAAGAUAUUUUCGCCCUUCCGAACACUGGGGCUAGUAUCACCCACCCCCGUUCCACUCGCGUGCGUCCGUCUGGGAAAAUCGACAUUUCAAAUUACAACCUCUGUAGGGUACUCUUUGCAGACAUACGAUGUACGGCGAGGUCUAAAUCUGGUCUUCGUCAGCCGGCCUCAAACACCAGGAGUAAUUACGGCCACAUUUUCCUGGCAAGAUAAGGUUUUCGCGGCCUGGGGAAAUUUUCAGCCUGGGUCGCCGGGAGGGAUAUGGGUUUUCAGGCGUGGAAAGAAAAUUGCAUCCCUAAAGGUACCGGCAAAUCUCCGCGGUCCAAUUGAACGAUUACUUGUUUUUGGCUCGUGGAUAGUGGGAAGCAACAGCCAGGGUAUAGAAGUAUGGAAGAGUUCAUCGUAUGAACAUUACACAUCUCUGAGCCCUCCACGGCAGGCUGGGAGUACCUCUGAACACAUAUAUACUUCCCAACCGUGUAACAUGCCAACAUAUCUCAACAAGAUUUUUGUUGGGAGAUAUGAUGGUGCUGUCGACAUUUGGAAUAUCAGGACCGGAAAGAUUCUCUACUCGAUUUUGCCUGCAUUUAAAGAUGCUGGCGCAGUAACUGCGCUUCAGCCGACACCCGUUUUAUCAUUGAUCGCUAUUGCAUACAAGAGUGGCGCGCUGUCUAUUCAAAAUGCCGAGACUGAUAAGGUCGUUCUUCCGCUAAGAACGCCUUUAUCAAAAGCCUCACCGAUUACCUCCAUCACUUUUCGGACCGAUGGACUUGGCGCCGGCGACGAUGGUAGAAAGUCCGGUGUUAUGGCAACUACCUCUACAGACAAUGGUGACAUCACAAUGUGGGAUCUUAACAACGGGGGACGAGUAACUGGAAUUCUGCGAAGAGCACAUAUGGUAUCUCUCAAUGAAACGGGAUCCGGAGCGACUCACAUCGAGUUUCUGGAUGGGCAGCCAGUGUUGGUAUCAUCUGGGAGAGACAACGCGCUCAGGACAUGGAUCUUCGAUGAGGUGCCUUUUUCGCCCAUUCCCAGACCUCUUCACCAGAGAAGUGGCCAUUACGCUGCGAUAUCUACUCUGCAAUUCUUACCUUCUUCGUCCGAUGGAUCAGAAUUUGGUGGGAAAUGGCUACUAAGUGCAAGCAAGGACAGCAGUCUCUGGGGUUUCAGUGUGCGAAAAGAUAGCCAAAAUACUGAGAUUUCCCAGGGAGCUAUUGGGCAUAAAACAAAUAAAAUAGGUGGCACGCAAACUGGGUCCUACAAUGACCUGAAGGCUCCAGAGAUUACUUGUAUUGCUUGUGCUCUAAACCGCGAUGGGGGUAUGGGUGUUACAACAUCCGGACCAGUCUGGGCCAAUCCGAAGGUUACAGACACAAAUGCUUCAAGCACAACUGGAUGGGAAAGUAUUGUUACAGGGCACCGUGGUGACAAGUAUGCGCGCACGUGGUUUUGGGGAAAGAAGAAGGCUGGGCGCUGGACAUUUGAAACUGGCGACGGGUCUGAGGUUAAGAGCGUUGCCAUCUCACAAUGCGGAACUUUUGCAUUGAUUGGGUCUUCAGGGGGGGAUAUCAAGAUGUUCAAUUUGCAAUCAGGCAGACAUCGGCAAAGUUUCCCUGCUACUCUUGCCUCUAGAAGCCAAGCUCAAAGGGGUAGCUUGAACGUUUCUGCCACGAAAAGUACAGCAAUCAAGCACAUCAAAGCAGUCACUGGUAUAGUGGUUGACGGAUUGAAUCAUACCGUCAUCAGCUGUGGUCUUGAUGGGAAAAUAAAGUUUUGGGACUUUGAGUCAGGUCGGCUUGUUGACGAGCUUGACUGGCAUCCAAUGGCUGCCAUAACUGGUCUACGAUACAGUAGUGCAAGCGAACUAGUUGCGUUCAGUUGCGAUGAUCUGUCGAUUCGCGUUGUUGACAUUGAGACGCGAAAAGUUGUUCGUGAAUUCUGGGGAUGUGUAGGUCAGGUCAAUGAUUUUACAUUCUCCAACAACGGGCGGUGGGUUAUUGCUGCAUCAAUGGAUUCUAUUGUCCGGGUCUGGGAUUUGCCAACAGGACACCUCAUUGAUGCUUUCCGCGUCCCUAACACAUGCACCGCGUUGACCAUGUCGUCUACUGGUGAAUAUUUAGCCACCGCUCACGCAGAUGGUGUGGGCAUCAAUCUCUGGACAAACCGGAGCUUGUUCAUGCCAGUAUCAACCAAAAACGUGGGCGAGGAUUACAUUGCUGAUAUCCAAGUGCCAACUGCGUCUGGAGAAAGUGGUGCUAGUCUUAUCGAAGCCGCAUUCUCAGAGACUGAUGAACAGGGUGAAAUUGAGGGACCGGUACUUUCCACUGAACAACUCAGCCAAGAGAUGGUUACGCUGAGUGUUGUUCCUAAAAGUAAAUGGCAAACAUUACUUCACUUGGAUGUGAUUAAGGAACGCAACAAGGCCAAGGAUCCGCCAAAGGCGCCAGAAAAGGCACCAUUUUUCCUUCCGUCACUUCCUGGUGGGGCUGCUGGGGAAGGUGUCGACUCCAAGUUCUCGACUGAGAGUACGGCAGCUGAGCGCUCUCGCGUUGCCAGGAUCCAGCAUUCUCAGGAUUCCAGGGUCCUGGGCUCGCCCUUUACAACCCUCCUACGAGCUGGUCGUCUAUCUGGCAAUUUUGAACCUUUCAUUGAACAUAUUAAAGGCUUAUCUCCUACAAAAAUUGAUCUGGAAAUCAGAUCCCUCAAUCCGCAGGUAAUGAAUGGUCAGUCAGAACUGUCGGACUUUGUUUUCGCAUUGGCAAGUCGCCUACAGCUCAAAAAAGACUAUGAGUUGGUCAAUGUAUGGAUGGCGGUUUUUCUGAGGAUCCAUGCUGAUGUUGUUGGUUCCGGCAUUGAAUUGGGUCACUUGCGAAAAGCUCUUGCUGACUGGAGUCGGUUGCAAGGACAAGAAAGGGAGCGCUUAUCCGGAUUAGUCGGGUACUGUCAUGGAGUUGUAGGGUUCCUAAGGUCUUCACGGUGA